AUGGAGUAUCAUUUUGUUCCCCCAGAGGAGCGCGCAAAAGAUGACAAGGGCAAUCUUCUGCCCUGGGGCUAUGUCUACAAAGAUGAAUCUCGGAACCCUCGACGACCACCCGAAGAGAGUGGCCCAUUUGGCAAGAGGAGAAACGCUCGCUACGAUCAUGCUCGAUCGCGUACCCGUACGGGCACACCUGCAAAGAAGGAAAACCCAAACGUUGCAGAAUUCGGACGGCUUUUCGCCAUGCAGCAAGAAGAUGAGAAGACUCGCAGCAAUACCUUACCGAAGUCGACAUCUACCUCCAAUCUCGACAACGCACGACAGCAGACGGAAAAGGUCGCCACGGAAUGCAUAUUGUACGGUUACAAGAGUAAAGACUUUGAGUGGAAGGUCAUCGAUAAGUAUGAGCGGGUGUCCAGAGGCGUGAUCUGUGAAGAUUACCCGCGCAGCGAUCCUAACUCUAUGAGUGGGUAUUCGCAGCUUCUGAGCGGCGGUGAUGUGGUGAUCCAUUCGAAUUUGUCUGCAGAUGCGAACCGCAAAUCAAAACGCUAUGCGGGUGGUUUCCACUGGAUCAAGGUUACGUUCGAUUCGACGAUCGCGGCGGACCGCGCUUGCUUCUACUCUCCCCAGGAGAUCGAUGGACACCUUGUUUUCUGUGAACUGUACCAUGGCCAAGGACCCGCGGAGGAUGUGCCAAUCCUUGCAGAUUCAUCGGCCGCCGAGCAGCAAAAAUCGAAAGCAUCGCGCACUUUGACCACUUCGCGCUCUACCACGUUCCUCCAGACAAAUGAACGCUCGACGUUACCGCGGUCAUUCACUGUGAAUAACCUUUCCAGUGUCCCGGAUGUAGACGAAGGCCAAUCCUUUGAAUCGACGCCGACUGCAAGCUCGACGACUGCCACUGGCGUGGAGCAACCAUCUACAGCUUCCCUUCAACAACGGAAUGUGCCCCAAGAGCCAAAACCUGAGUCUGAGUUCAUGACACAUAUUCCGACGGUGCGUCGGGCGAAAUUACGCCCGAUCGCUGAGGCUCUCCCGCCCCAACCGACCGUCACCGAGCGCGUAUUGCGAUCCAUCCCGAUCCUCAGUUGGUUCACUGGUGACAUCGUGGGAGACGGGCCGCAGCUCAAGGAUGAUGGGGCAUUCGACUAUGAUAAGUCGAAUACCUACUGGCGUUUCUGGUAUAUGAUCGAUAUGGUUCUCGGCACAGAUAUUUGCGGAUUGCGGGAGGAAUCAUGA